CUAGUUUUUCCACCAGGAAGUAGGAUGCAGGAGCAAGUUGAAAGUUGUCAGAUGAAAGCCGAGCAUCAAUCGACGUGAUCCGUGCCUCUUUUGCUUGCUAAUACAAUUCAACAUCAAAAAAUGCAUAAUUCGCGGAACCGUGGUGCGGGCUACCAGAGCAGUGCGCUCGGACGGCAACAGCAGCGGCAAGGCUGGGGUCUGGGGACACCGCAGCAGAACCGACGGCGCAAUUCCCAAGAUCAAGGCGAGUCAGCCUGUAUUCGAAAAUAAUGUGUUCAGUUCUGAAAAUGAAAAAGGAAAAUGUAGAUGUACUCAAACAACUCAUGAUGAUGACUCUGGAACGCGCAACCAUGAUCAUGAGUUCGUCCAUUGUUAUACAUAAUGACUUCGCGUGUCGCAAGCGAUGAAACAAAUGAUGAAAAUCAAAGAAACCACCCUUCCUCACCAGACUCAAGCGGAACAACCGGAAUCUCUCGGUCCACCAAUGGCGCCACUUCUCGGGUAUACAGUACCUACACUGGUGUUCGGGGGAGCCAAUUGGGCGGGAGCCGUAAACCCACCCCGAACAGCAACUCCAGCUACGGGUACGGGAGCGGGAACGUCAGCAGCCAGUGGGAGCGCCACGAGCAGAUCAGCAGCCGGCACGGAAAGCGAAGAUCCCACUUUGGCGAGGGCGUGAAUUUCGACAACCUCGACAACCCCUCUGCGACCAGCUCCUCUUUUGUGAGCAGUAGACUCAACUCCGCAGGUAACGGGUUGUAUCACGGCGGCUCCGCGCAGAGCUUUCGGACGCGAAACACGGCAAGUCGUGGUCCGCGGAUGGCGGGGCCGCAGGCGCUCGCGGGAGAGUUCUCACCGCCCUCGGACGACCGCAACGGAGGGGGCUCGGACGACGAGGAAAAUGACAACAGCAGUACCGAGGACGUGUUUAUUGGCAACAAGGAACUCUACAACACGAACAGUUCGAUAAAAACAGCAGGCAGUGGAGGUCCGGGUGCGCCUGCGAACAACAUGCUGUUCAACAAAUCCAAGAACAACGGGCUCCGCCCGGGCAACGCAGCGAGCUCCGCUUUGUCCUCUCUUGCCUCAGCCUACGACGCCGACCUGCUGAGCCUGGUUCCCGGCACUGCCCCGCACCCAAACUCGGCGGAGCGGAACCGCAGCCGCAGGCAUGAGUUCUCCAAGGCACUGCAAGUCAACGAGACGGGGGACGUGCUCAUGAAGCAGCACGGCGGAGGUGCAGGUGGAGGUGCCGCAGCGCAAGCAUCGAGCACAAGCGCCGCGGGAUACAAUAGUAACUCGUCAGGUGGAGCUGCACCCGGGAGUGGACUUUCCGUCGGCGCUUCAAAUGGUAAUAUUAGCAACGCGCUUCGCUACGAACCCUACAGACAGCCUCUGCACGCCGCGAAACAAGCAAAUAACUACACCGGAGCAAGCGGUAGCCAGGGCGGCCAGCAGAAUUCAGCAGGAUCAUCGUCAUCAAGCAGCGGGGUAGGGAGCAGCAGCAGAUUCAUGAGCUGCAACAAAGUAGGAGGUGCAGUGUCAAACUCAAAUGCAAGGACUAGCGGAAAGCAGCAAGACCAGGGAGCAAGUGCUGGACAGGUUGGAAAUACAUCCAGCAUGUCUUCCACCUCAGGGAGCUCAUCGAAGCUUACAUCGACUUCCGGUGCUGGCUACAACAGCUCAACAUCGUCAUCCUCAACCGGGCUCCCGACCUCGAAGCGGUAUGGAGGUGUAGUUGGGUCGAGCGGCAGCAAGCAAAGCCAAAGCUCGCCACUGUCGAAUCAGCAGACGACCACUGGGGUGGGGGGCUCGUCAUUGGGCCACGCGGCGCAUCCAAGCAGCCAGAAAACAAGUCCACUGGAGAAGUCUGCCAAUGCUCAACCCACCCCCCAAGGAGGUGGACCUUGUUCCGGUACCACACUAGGCUCCCCUGACACGAGUCUCCUGCAGCAGCGGCCGAUCGGAACCGCACCAUCGCAAUUCUCUUCUUCCAGCUCCUCAUCUGCCGACCCGACCAUGGCAUUCUACAGCAGCAAAGAGUCGGCUGGUGCACACGGAAGUAAAUCCUCAACUGGGAUGGACCACAGAGGGGGACAUCUUCAUCAUCAAAAUGCGGGUUCUGGUUCUUCGGUUUCGGCGGCCAACUACAGUUCUUCUUCGAGCGGCCAAGGUGGACAGAUGCCCGGAGCCGCAGGUGCCACGUCGUCGGGUUCGAGCAGGAAGCAUUCUGCGGGGCACCGGAAGAACAAGAGCAGUGAGAAUUUCUUCAAAGAGACACUGAAUCCCACGGAAGUUUUCCCUUCAGCUGGUGGAACUGCUUCCGCGUCGUCUUCCUCUACAACGGUCGGGGAGUCAGUUUCGGUGGAGAACAAGAACAAUUCCUCCUCCUGCAACACCACAUCCAGUUCGUCCGCUGGCACCGGUUUUCAAAUUGCGGUCGAAGCUGACACGGCAAGCAAAUCCACGGCGUCCAGCACAGCGGAGCAUAAUUUCACGCACGACCCCUACACCACGAGCUCGCCCGUCGAGCAGAAUUUCGAAGAGAUGGAGCGCGUCUUCAUCCAGGACCCAACCACGCAGAAUUAUUACACAAACGGCGGGCCGUCUUCCGCUUCCCAAGCAGAACGGCCGAGGAGUGCGCCGAAGACCGGGGGUGGCAGACCACGCAGUGCGCCAAAAAUGGGCGACCGCGACGCCCAGCGGCCGCCCUCGCGCGGGUCCUCAGCGCGGCCGGAACGGGGAAGUGCCGGUUUCGGUCUGAUGGACAUUGGGGCCGAGGAAACUGCUUUUGGAGCACAGGCCAGUACCAGUGCGGGCACUUUGAGUCGGCCAACCUCCUCCCACGGCGGGCACGCGGGCGCAGCGGGUCUGCAUCACAGCGGCAGUGCAGCAGGCGGGGAACAGAUCGACCGCGUUGCAAUGAUCGAAGCGGCAUUUCGAGAGCGCUACUACCGCAGGGAGGAGCGCCCGGAGAGCCGAAAAGGCUCCAGGAACCGUGGCAUCGACCAAGAUGGGUUGCUACCGACAGGGCCGGACGAUGCGGAUGUCAUUCAAAGCAUUGAAAGCACGGAUCUAUCGUAUUAUCAUUACACAAAAAUCAUAGAUUGCUGUGUCUACCGGCAUUCACGAUUACGAUUAUGCUGCAUCUGUAUCGCUUGUUUGUGCGUGUUGUUGCUGUUUAUUGUCACUUACUUACGUGUUGUUGUUAAUGUUUAUUGAAGAAAUAGUACUACAGGCACUGUAUUUCUUCUUUACACUGUGAGGCGUGCAGAACACAGAACUCACAGCGCAACUACUAAUUUUUUCUGCCAGGUACCAGAAUGCCAAAACUGCCCAUGGAAUUGCUGCGGCGGAGAACAACGAGGUCGGCGGCAAGCGGAUGAAGCGCCCCCCUUCGCGCAAGAAGGAUCCGUCCGCCUCGGCCGCGCAGGGACUUGGGGGCGCCGUGACGAGCAACAAGCACCAGCCUGACGACGCUACGAGUAAUCGACCCGGGUUCGCAGUCGGCAACAGACUCGGAAAACGACCCCCCAGUAGGCACAAGGAGCCACCACAGGCGUUGCAUCUGGAGUUCGAGUUCCAGGACUGCUCAGUGGAAGAAACAAUUGAUUUGCCAAGUUCAAAAACCAUCCAAAGAAGCGACUCAGCGGUAUCGUCCACAACUAGCCACAACAAGUUUUGUUUCGUGCCGACGCGUUUUUUUUUCUAUUUAUUUCCUUUCAUCUUUUUCUCUUUGACAGUGCAAGUGCUGUCGCUACUACCUAGGCACGUGUUUCCAAUUGACACAAAAUAACAGGCGGCGCUUCGCACGACUUGUCGCUGGGCCCAGGCGGUUGAGGACGAAAAUGAGCUCGAAACUAGUGACAUUGCAUCGGAUUUCGAGAAGCCCCCUAAGCCCAUGCCCUCCGCGCUCGGUUUGGGUGAGGAAGAGACGUUUCUCGGCGAAUCCAAGAAGAACCAGUGGGCUGCCGCGACAACCACCGGCUGGCUGCAGCGACAGCCUGGAACGGCAAAUACCUCCGCUGCCGCCGACAAUGCGGCGUCGGGGUUGGGUGAUUGCACCGGAGAAGUGCCGACGAAAAGCAAGCAACGACCCCAAAGCAGCUCCGCAGGACUGAGCCGGCAUGUGAACAGGGUAUCUCGAAUGCCAGUCUGAUCCUGAUGCAAGUAAAGUUAAGUAGUAGUUUCUUUCGACGUCCUUUGAAAUGGUUUUACUUUCUACGUGCCUAAGAAAGUUUCCUUUCCAUCCAUGAUGAUAUGACGAAAACCAAUAUGAGAGUGAUAUCUGAACAAACCAGGAGAGCAAGGGGAGCUUGGCCAUGCAGGUUGAAGACGUCGACGUCGACAAUGUGCCAACGAUAGUGUGCACGAAGCCCCGACCUCAAUCGUCUUCUUCGAAUCGCAGGUUGCCGUUCCAUACCAGUCUCGACCAUGAUUUUCUGGACCUGUUUGCUAGCUAGUUGAAGGUGGAAAUAAACAACCCUACCCCGAGCCCUACAACUAGUUUUCAUCCAGUGCGAAGGUGCCACAUCACUACCUUGUGGUACCUGCGUGGGCUCGACUCUUAUUUUCUUGCGCAGCUGCUGCAUUCAGAUUCACUAGUUAAGGAUCGACGCAAUGAACAAAAACAAAAAAUAAAUCUUUUGUAGUGAAGAUCUGACUGGGCAGUUUGCGUUGUUUGAUUUCUGCUUUAUGUUUAUUUCGCUUUUUAGUUCGUUGAUUCGUUCCUCAUGUAUCUAAGACUAAGUCGAUGGUAAGUGGCCACCUUCUCGGCUUGGCAUGCGCACGUGCGGAAGCGAACACUAGACGCGCAUAUAACAAAAACACCUAUGGCUAUGAAUGAAAUGAUUACAUGUUGUUUGACUGUACCAAGGUGAGCGAAGAUAGAUUGUACCAUAACUUCUUCUAUCAAUCAAAUUUAUGAGCGAAAACAAGGUUAUUUCGACCCGAACCAAUGUCGACUCCCGAUAACUCACAGUGGAUCCGUUCUUGGAUCGUACAAAAUGUCUACGCCAACGGAUUGACUCCAUGAUUUCAGCGCAAACGGAAAUAGAUGUGUUAUUUCCUCGAUGAUGAUUCUUUGGAGACCAUACGCAUACCAGUCUGCGUUUCCACAGUUGUUCCUCUUGUUUUCGGAAAUGAAGAAAUUCCAUCGCGUUCUUCACAUGAUGCACUGGCAUUGGGGCCGCCUGACUCGGAAGCGACUCUGGAAGCGUUUUUUCCUGGUGAAAUUCAGGACGAAUAGGCGUGCCGUACGAUGCUCUUCGUUUUGCAUGGGAGGUUGGUUCUACCGUUGAAGCUGCUUGCUUCAUCACACACGACACACAGUGC